GCUGCUCGCUCGCCCGGCGCCGGCCACAGCGGCAGCGGCACCGCCGCCAGCAGCAGCGGCGAGAGGCGGCGAGAGGCGGCGAGAGGCGGCGCGGCGAGCUCGCAGCCUUUGAGCGGUGUGUGUUGCGGGCGGCGAGAGCGGCUGGAAGGGAGGCAGGGCAGCGGCAGGAGGCAGGAGCGCGGCGAGCGCUGCGGGCAGAGAAUGGCGGUGAGGCGGCGGCAGAGGCUUGGGCCGGGCGGCGGGCGAGCGCUGCUGGCCGCGGUGCUGCUGUGCGUGUGGGGCCGGGCGGCGGCCGAGCGGGUCCGCUACGCCAUCCCCGAGGAGCUGGGCAGAGGCUCGCUCGUGGGGCCGCUGGCGCGGGACCUGGGGCUCAGCGCGGACGAGCUGCCGGCGCGCAAGCUGCGGCUGAGCGACGAGAAGCAAUACUUCACGGUGAAUGAGGAGAACGGGAACCUGUACGUGAAUGAGAGGCUGGACCGGGAGGAGAUGUGCGGCGAGUCGGCGACCUGCUCCGUCAGCUUCGAGGCGCUGGUGCACAACCCGCUGAACAUUUUCCACGUCGAGGUGGCGAUCGAGGACGUGAAUGACAAUUCCCCGGCCUUCAGCAAGGCUGCCCUGGACCUCGAGAUUGGUGAAUUAAUCCCUCCUGGUGCUCGUUUUCCUUUGGAGAUGGCCCAUGACGCAGACGUGGGCAGCAACUCGCUGCUGACUUACCAGCUCACCAGCAACCCGUCCUUCUCUCUCGCAAUUAAGGAGAGCCCGGAAGGAAGCAAGCCGGAAAUAAUUCUGGAGAGAGCCUUGGACCGAGAGCAGCAGAAUUCUUUCGAGCUGGUGCUGACAGCAGUUGAUGCCGGGGACCCUGUGAGGUCCGGGAGUGUCCAGAUUCGGGUCAAUGUGACGGACGCCAACGACAAUGCACCCGUAUUUGAACAGGACCGAUACCGCGUGAGCCUGCCCGAAAACACAGCGCCGGGUUCGGAAGUACUAAAGCUGUCAGCCUCAGAUGCUGACGCCGGCACCAACGCCCGCAUCACCUACAGCUUCGGAAAAAUGCCAGCCAAGGCACUUCAGAAGUUCGUGAUAGAUGCAGAGAGUGGCUCUGUCACACUGCAGGAGGCUUUGGACUUUGAGGACACGCGAGCAUUUAGCUUGCCUGUGGAGGCGAAGGAUGGAGGGGGUUUGGUGGCACAGUCCAUGGUGGAGGUGGAGGUGCUAGACGUGAAUGACAACGCGCCCGAGAUCACAUUACUCUCGGUGUCCAGCCCGGUGCCCGAGGACGCUCCGACUGGCACCGUGGUGGCCGUGCUGAAAGUUCGGGACCGAGACUCCGGCGAGAACGGUCAGGUGUGGUGCGAGCUGUCGGGAGAGGCGCCGCUGUCGAUCGUGGCGUCGUCGGGCGGCUCGUACAAGGUGGUGACGACGGGCGCGCUGGACCGGGAGCAGGCGUCGGAGCAUGGCGUGACGGUGGUGGCCCGGGACCGGGGCAGGCCGGCGCUGUGGAGCAGCAGGGAGCUGGUGCUGGAGGUGUCGGACGUGAACGACAACGCGCCGGUGUUCGAGGAGGCGGCGUACAGCGCGUACGUGGCGGAGAACAACGCGGCGGGCGCGCUGGUGCUGCGCGUGCAGGCGCGGGACGCGGACGCGGGCGCCAACGGGCGCGUGAGCUACUGGCUGGCGGGCGGCAGCGCGGGCGCGGCGGGCGCGGCGCCGCUCGUGUCGGUGGAGGCGCGGAGCGGCGCGCUGUACGCGCAGCGCUCCCUGGACUACGAGCAGUGCCGCGAGUUCACGGUGGCCGUGCGGGCGCAGGACGGCGGCUCGCCGGCGCGCAGCUCCACGGCCACGGUGCGCGUCUUCGUGCUGGACCGCAACGACAACGCGCCCAGGGUGCUGUGGCCGGCGGCGGCGGCGGCGGCGGCGGGAGAGGCUGCGGGAGGGGCGGCGACGCCUUUCGAGGUGGUGCCGCGUUCGGCCGAGGCCGGCUACCUGGUGGCCAAGGUGGUGGCGGUGGACGCGGACGCGGGGCGCAACGCGUGGCUGUCGUACGAGCUGGUGCAGGCGUCGGAGCCGGCGCUGUUCCGCGUGGGGCUGCACAGCGGCGAGGUGCGCACGGCGCGCGCCGUGUCCGAGCGGGACGCGGCCAAGCAGCGUGUGGUGGCCGUGGUGAAGGACCACGGGCAGCCGGCGCUGUCGGCCACGGCCACGCUGCACGUGGUGCUGGCCGAGAGCUUGCAGGAGGCGCUGCCGGAGCUGAGCGAGCGGCCGGCGGGCGCCGAGGAGGAGGCGGCGGCGGCGGCCGAGCUGCAGUUCUACCUGGUGCUGGCGCUGGCGCUGCUGUCGGCGCUCUUGGUGCUGAGCGUGGCGCUGGCCGUGCUGGCGCGGCUGCGCCGGGCCGGGCCGCCCGCCGUGCUGCGCUGCCUGGGCGCGCAGCGCUUCUCGCUGGCCGGCGCCGCCUUCCCGGCCGACUUCUGCGAGGGCACCUUGCCCUACUCCUACAACCUGUGCGUGGCGGCGCCGGCCCGCGCCGUGCCCGAGGCCGCUUGGCCGCCGCCGCCGCCGCCGGUGCCCGUCCUGUCGGCGGAGGAGCUGCUGGGCGGCGAUUCCUGCGAGAAGCCGAGCCCCAACUGUGACCUCGUCGAGGGAGAGCCGCCCGCCGAGCCGGAUGCACCGCAGGUCUGUAAAGGCUGGGUUUCUCUUUUUAAAAGUUUCCGAAUGGUCGUCAUUUUCCCCUGGGUAUUCUCUGCAUGGUCUCAGUGGGUAUUCGUCAUUUGUAUCCCCAAGUAGCGGCAGAAGGUUUUAAUUUUUCUGGGUAACAUCUUCAGCUGGCAGCCUUUGAUUGUAGCUCUCCGUUCGGCUAGUAGCAGCGCUUCUCAGUAUUUGUCCUGCUUCUCGGAGUCGUGUUUGUGUGAGUGGCACAGUCCUGUUUCCGUGACGGACUGAAUUAGGGAACGGGCUGCACCUCGUUCACGGAGAGCAGGAAGCGUUUGGUUCUUCCUUGGGCAUAGGUUCAGCUUGAGGUGCGAGGUUUUGUCUUCAACACUCGAGCUCUGUACAUUAGAAUUUGUUACCAACAUUGAAUGCAGAUUCGUAUUUCUUUGGAAGAUGAAUGGCUGAUUCUGUAUGAUUGAGUGGAGGAGAAAAAAAACUGAGAAAGC